CUUAUAAGCUGCUCACCAGAGACACUGCAGCAGACACACCCUGAUCACUGAGGCUUCUGGAAACAUCUGAUACUCCUGACCGCUGAGAACAGGAAGGGACUAAAAUGGGAGGAUCCUCAUCAAAAGAACAGGAAGCACCCCCAUCAUUAGAGCUUGAACAACCAUGGAGAAAUGUAGACUGGAAUGGAAGAGGUAGACUUGAGUGUGAGCUGAGGAAUACCAAAAUCAGAAGUUCAGAUGUCAGCCAUCUCAGAAUCCUUCUGUAUGGACAAAUCGGAGUGGGAAAGUCCUGUUUCGUCAACUCUGUUGACAGUGCUUUCCAACAUGAAAUUAUAAACAGAGCUGGGGAGGCACCAUGUUCAGGCAAAAGUUACACCAAAAAAUACAAGACCUACAAAAUCAGAAAUGUAAAUGGUGGAUUUUUACCAUUUGUCAUGAAUGAUGUCAUGGGCCUUGAAAACAAAGAUGGAGUUCAAACAGCUGAUGUCAUCAGUGCCCUAUUGGGCCAUGUGAAAGAAGGAUAUGAGUUUAAUCCUGACACUCCUCUGACAGAAGGUGACCGUAACUAUGUUAGUAACCCCAGCCCAGAUGAUAAAGUUCACUGUCUGGUGACCAUUGUGUCAGCAAACAGCCUCUCUCUAAUGGAUCAGUCUGUCAUCAAAAAGAUGAAAACAGUCAAACAACAAGCCAAUGACAUUGACAUUCCUCAAAUCGUUCUUUUGACAAAGAUUGAUGAAGUCUGCCCCCUUGUUAAAAAAGAUCUGAAAAAGACCUACACAAGCAAGAAAAUUCAUGAAAAGAUCAACCAGUGCUCUAAUCUGAUUGGAACUCCUGUGAAGUUUAUCUUCCCAGUCAAGAACUACUGUUAUGAAUCUGACACAAAUGAUCCAACAGACAUCCUCAUUAUGUUAGCACUACGCCACAUUGUCAGUGCUGCUAAUGACUAUGUUGCAUCCCUGUAACUCCUAACAGAACAUUGAGAAAUGCGCAGCAACGUUUCACUGGAGUGUCAGUAGACAGCUUGCAGACUAUGAAGUACCUAAAUAAUCUGCAAUUCAGUAGUGUAACUGCAUCAGUGCCUUUCCAUCACGAUCUGUUUUAUUUUACAAAGAUAAUGAUACUGCAUAUUGUACAACAUAUAAAGAAACAUAACCGCAUUAAAUGCACUGUUAUUUUUACCUUUAUGUUACCUGUAUGUAUUCAUGGUAUUUAGAUUACAUUUAAAUAGAAAAAAUGAAAAAUCAUGAAUUGUGUCAAUUUUAACUUUUCACAUAUUAAUCAUCACAUAAAACUCACCUACUAAAACCAUGAGUGCAAAUGAAUCUAUGAUGUAUGCUCCU